AUGUUGAAACUUCUCGGGCAUGUCUGCCAGCUUCCUGCACAGGCCUCUUCGCCCUUCUCGCGGCCUCUGCCGCGAAGUGCGGCGCUGCGACAGGCCCUGGUCGCUGCGCGGGGUGCUGCCACGCAGGCAGUUCUUCCAGUGAUCAGCGAUGGGGACCUGAAGGAGCUGGCAGUUGGCCCCAAGCCCGUGCUUGUUCAUUGUGGAGCAGACUGGAAUAAGAGAAGCAGAGAGGUUGCCUCGGCUCUCGCUGACUGGGAUUCUUCACAAACAUCAGGCUCGCUGGUUUGCCGAAGUCUGGAUGUCUUCUCAUCGCCGGAGACGGUGCGAACGCGGCACAUCAAGGGGCUCCCUACGCUUCUGCUGCUCGCACGGGGUCGGACUGUCGCGCGCGCGGACGGAGCCAACGUCACAGACUUGCAGCGAAUCCUAAGCCUGGCCGGUCCCCUCUUGGACAGCACUCCGGAGGACAAUCUUACUUGUGAGCAGGCUCUCGAGGCAGCGGAGGAGGCUCUGGCGAGGGCCGACGGCAUUGCAGGCCUUGAGAAGGCGGCCCGCCUUUUCAAUCGGGCUUUGCCAUCCAGCAACCCAGAAGGCAAUUUCCAAGGCGUGAAACAGCGCUCCGACCACGCCUUUCGGGCUCGACUGGGUCUGGUCCAGACGGCCGUGCAGGCGCUGGAAGCGGAGACGCCGCGCUCAGCACAGGAGCCAUCAAGCGAGAUCGGCCAGGCUGAGCUAGCAGCGCCACCAGUGGAGCGGGUCGAGGCGCUGGCAUCUGCGCUGUCGGAUCUGCUGGCAUACCAUGAAGAGGAGCUGCCGGGCGCUUCGGAGCUCCCGGCCCCGGACGCGCCGCGGUGCGCGGCGGCGCUGGCCCACGCCGAGUUACUUGUCGAUGCAUGGGCUCCCGCUCCGGAUGCCACCGACGAAGAAGUUUGCAUUCUGCGACUCUGGGCCUGCGGCUGGCGUCAGGCAGCCAUCAACAAGGCCCUUGAGUGGUACCAGAUGGAGGCGGGCAGUGACGAGUCCGGCCUCAUUGCGUCCUUCAUCCUUCCAGAGCGGCUGAUCCCGGACCGGCGAGGCUCUGUUCCGCGGCGGAGCCUCUAUUCUCGCAUCGAGGGCCUUCCAAGAGACUUCGAGGCUCCCGGGCCGACCGCGCCGCGGGCGCUGCUGAGGCGUCUGCUGACCGCGGGCAUCGACGAGGAGUUCAGGGAGGGGAAGCCGAGCAUGGUGACGAGGGCCCUUGGAGACUUGACUUACCUUCUCGACCGCAAGGAGUUUGUGCCGUUCUUCACCAGGACGAUCUGGAGGGGUAAAGGCGGUGCUCCGACAACGGGGCGUGGCACGGGCAAGAGGACCGGUUUCAGCAAGCGCUAUUGGAUCAAGUACAAGGAAACUUUCUACCCAAACACGAAGAAGAUGGGGACUCCCCACUGCGACAAGAACGACUGA